AUGUCCUCCGGCGGAUCUCUCGAUGAACCGCAUGGUUUCGAUUUUACUAGCUCGUCAAGCUGCGAUCCCCUCCAAUCUUUGUCGUACCCAAACCUCGAGGUUGCAGAUGGCUUGAAGGCAUCUAAUGGAUUCAGUAGUCAUCUCAACUUUCCCGUUACUUACGGGACCCAGCCCUUUAAUCAAGCUGACUGGCACUCGCAGCAGCUGCAACAACAACAACAUGACUACCAUCCAAUGGAACGGUAUUUGCAAGUAAACCCGGUCGAAGGCCCUGUCCGUGUCCAGACGCAAGGAUUGGCGGCCACCCCAUCGAGCCCAGUAUACAACAAUUCUCCUCAGCUGUUCACACCACCUGAUACGUAUGAUGAUUCGGCUGUUCGGCACGACUCAAUAUCGCAUCAGUUCCGUCGCCCGAGCAGGGUAAGCGUUCCGAGCUCGAUCCUCUCCCCCGAAUCAAUGCGAUCUCCCAACGACGAUGAAGAUGGCGCCGGCCGCAGGGCCUCGCACGCAGAACCGCAGGGUCGUAACCGCGAGAAGAACCGCAUGGCCGCCAGCAGGUGUCGCGAAAAGUCUAAGAAGUUGGUCGACGACUUGAAGAAGCGUGAGCGAGACCUGACUGCCGAGAAAAAAGUGCUCAAGGAUUGCGUGGCCGGCCUCAAAGACGAGGUCCUGUCGCUCAAACAUGAGAUCCUCAGGCACGGCAAUUGCAACUGCAAGUAUAUCGAGAACUACCUCAACACCGCCGCAGCGAAGCAGAUGGCCUGA